UAGUGAAGAAAAGAAAGUUGCUUUUUACUCCAAAACGUCUUUAGAUGUAAAGUACUGUUGGUUUGAAAAGUUAAUUCGAGGUAUCACUUUAGUCUUGAAGCAGUUAAAGGAUAUUUCUGUGUCAUCCAUUCAUGUUUUCAAUGAAAACAUUUGCUACUUGUUGAUUACGACAAACAAUUUAAAACUGUGGAACACCCAGAAGUUUCAACAACUGAUUGAGAUGAGCAAGAUGAGUCCGAAGAAGACAUCAACAAAUAUUUCGCUAACGCCAGAUGCAGAGGUAGCAGACAGAAUGGAUUGUCGGCUGCCCCGUGCACUUUACUGGUCGACAAAUCAAGUGGCUAACUGGAUCGCCAAAAUAGGUUUUCCGUUUUAUAAAAACUGUUUCACAGAUAAUUAUAUUACUGGAAGACGUCUUAUAAAACUCGAUGCAUCUUCGUUGCCACGAAUAGGAAUCUGUGAUUUUGAUCACAUCAAGUUUAUCUCAAAAAGCAUCAGGGCGUUGCUGAAAAUUGAGGAAAUACCAUGGGACCAUCACAUGUCGCUUCAACCCCGGAGCGAUGUUGGGAUGUAUCUAGAGACCAAGUGUUUUAAUGGAAAAUAUCGGGAUCAAUUGACCUACGAAUCUUUCCUUAGCGACAGCGAAGACAAGAAAUGGAAACCACCUUUAACGAACUUUGGUAUUCUAACCCCGUCGUCGAAUCAUGAAUUAGGCUGGCAUGGUAGAAUGAAACACAACUACAGAAAAAUAGUUGUUCACAAUGACAAGUGACGACAGACGUUCAAGCUGGAAGCUUUUGAAAUCAGGUGGUGAUAAUGGGGAUGGACUUCAGUUUUUGAUACCACGAAGCUCUCUGUGAAAGUUUGUUGACACGUAAUCAGUGGGACGAUGCCGACUAAACUAGGGCCUUUUCCUAUUCAGUUUCAGCUUGAAACAGCUAGAGGAGACACAUGCAAGGUCAAACAAUUGGUGCUUCUCGUAUAAUGCAUUAAAAAAAAUUGCGAUG